AUGAUGAAAAUUAAAAUAUUAAUAUUUAUAAUUUUAUACGAUUAUUUUAAUAAAUGUUCGUGCUAUUCGAAAAUAGGUGAAUCCUGCCAAAUAGAAACCAUUGUAGGAACAUGCAAGCCGUUUACAGACUGCCCGUAUGCUAUACGAUUAGUAAACGAGGAUAAGGAACUUCCACCGACAUGCUUCUGGCAAGGGAACUAUGUUAUAGUUUGUUGUCCAGAAAGCCACAAAGAUCUCAUCUUACCCGGUACACUGGAAAUCAGUCGGCUAUUUAGAAGUAGCCGUGUAAAGAAGACAAAUGAUAUGACUCCUGCCGUUUUACCGCAGGAUGGUCCGUACGAAACUACUCCUUCGACUGAAUAUGUACAGUUUAAGUCAGAAACGACCGCCAUAAGGGGACCUCCGCUAUCACCCUGUAAAAUUAUU